AUGGUAAAUGUAACAGAUGACAUCGAAGCUGAUGUAGUGUUCACCUACUCAGUUAAAUGGUUUGACACACAACAAUCACAUUAUAAGGGAAUGGACAAAUACACAAAUUAUUCUAGUGUACCUCAAGCCAAUGAUAUAUUUGGUUACUCGAUUGCAAAUUCAAGUUUCACAAUCCUCAUUUUGAUCGUUUGCCUACUCAUCUUUUACAUUCGAGUUCUUCGCAAAGACAUUUCAAGAUAUGCAUGUGAUGUUGAAGAAGCUGAAAUGGCUGGUAAUCAGGAAGAGACUGGAUGGAAGAACAUCCAUGGUGAUGUGUUUAGGUUUCCAAAACACAAGUCUUUAUUUGCUGCAGCUCUUGGUUCUGGCACCCAGCUACUUGUAGUCAUGGUAGCCAUUCUUGUGUUGGGAUUCACGGAUCUUUUCCUGUUACAUCGUCCAACAGUAUUCGUGUACGCACUUGCCAUUGUAUAUGCACUUACAUUUGCAAACUCGGGCUAUACAUCAACGUCUUUUUAUCAUCAAUUGGAAGGAACAAAAUGGACAAAGAACAUAUUGCUGACAGGAGGACUACAUAUUGGACCUCUUUUUCUUGUAUUUAUCGUUAACAAUAUUGUUGGGGUUUUUUAUGAAUCAACCGCCGCAUUGCCACUGGGUGAUAUAAUCGAAUUCUCUUUAUUAUGGGUAUUUUUGGCACUGCCAUUGCUUAUUUUAGGCAUGGUAAUUGGGAAAAAUAGUGCAUCGGAUUUUCAAGCUCCAUGUAGAACCGCCAAAUGUCCGAAAGAGGUUCCUCAACCGCGUUGGUACAAGUGUGUCCUCCCUCAAAUGGCUUUGGCUGGAAUUUUUUCGUUCAGCGUCAUUUUCCUUCAGACGAUUGAGAUACUUAAUGUUGUCUGGGGCUACACGAUUUACACAUCUUAUGGUUUUAUGUUAAUAAUGUUGUUUCUUCUUUUGAUCAUGACUGCUUUAGUUUCAAUAGUGAUGACAUACUUCCAGCUUGCCGCUGAAAACCAUGAAUGGUGGUGGAGGUCGUUUUUCUGUGGCGGGUCUACUGGAUUGUAUGUGUAUGGUUAUUCAAUCUAUCACUCUUUCCAUCUAUUAGAAAUGAACGGUUUCAUGCAAACGACCUUCUUCUUUGGUUACAUGGCUUGCCUCGGGUAUGGAAUCUUUCUAGCACUUGGAACUGUGGGUUUCUAUGCAUCGUUUCUAUUUUGUGUAGACACAGGAGAAAUAUGUAAGACAAGCAUAAUCCAACGACUCUUAGCAGAAAUAGGAGCUAAUGCAUGA